GUCAGAAGUGAAGAAGCUGCGACUGUCUCUGCGGCGAGAAUCUCCGAUUAGCCAUGAAUGCUCCGGACCGAUACGAACGAUUCGUCGUCCCUGAAGGCACCAAAAAGGUUUCGUAUGAGAGGGACACGAAGAUCAUUAACGCUGCUUCCUUCACGAUUGAGAGAGAAGACCAUACCAUCGGAAACAUCGUCCGCAUGCAACUUCACCGCGACGAGAAUGUGUUGUUUGCUGGAUACCAAUUGCCUCAUCCUCUCAAGUACAAAAUCAUAGUCAGGAUUCAUACCACAAGCCAGUCUUCUCCUAUGCAAGCAUACAAUCAGGCUAUCAAUGACUUGGACAAGGAGCUUGACUUUCUCAAGAGCCAAUUUGAGGCAGAGGUUGCCAGGUUCUCGAAUCCGUACUAAGAGGAGUUCAGAGUUUUCGUUAUCUAAGCACCAACCAGAAGACUUGUAAUGAGCUUAGUUUUCUUGUAAUUUUGUUUCAGCUCUAUGUUCUGGGUACCAUUUUGCGGCAGCUUGCAAGUAGUGCUUGGAUUUAACCUUUCUCUUUACUAUUUUAUCUGCAAAAGCCUUUUAGUGUUUCAAUUAUAGUACAGAGUGUUUUAAAUUGUGGUCACCUUGAUGA